AUGUCUAAUAGACCCCUGACGCAAAAAGAGUUAGAAGAGCUUGUGAACACGAUUUGGGAUUCUGAUUCAGACGAGUCAUUCAUAGAACCUUUUCCAGGCUCUGACAGUGAUUCACAUCAACCAUCGGAUUCUUCAGAAACCGACUCGGACGAUGAUAUUGGUGACUUAUCGAGAGCAAGUAAAAGGAAACAAAGGUUACAGAUUCCAUCAUGUAAUGGAGCCAGCACGAGUCGUGCACCUGAAUCUGUAACCCAAACUGUUUCAGCAUAUGGUGAGGGAUGGAGGCCAAUCGCAAGAAUUUACAAAGCCAUUCCAACCUAUACCCAGUCAUCUGGAAUAAAACCAGAAGUUGCCGCUUUACUAGCAAAUGCAAGUCCAUGA